GCAAGACCCACAUAAUUUUGGCCAGCGCAUGGGAAUAUUUAAGUGGUUCAUCGCAUGAGAGCUUGAAGAGACCUCUGGCCGCGAACUUAGGCACCUUUUACGACGACGACGCACGGCCAGACGGGGUCCCAACGGCACCGGCCGUCGAUCUCAGGAAUAACGGGCAAGAGGAGGAGGUCGCGACUGUUUUCGAAUCGGUCACAGUUGGAAAGGGAGACGGCGCAGGCCGGGCAUUAACAGUUGGUUUCCAAGUCAAGAAGCAACCAUCAUGUCGUCGUCGUCGAGGUUGGGCUUGAGGGCCCGAGAGCUACUUUUCGCCAGGUUGACAGGUCCAGCGAGGAUAUGGCCCCUUUCUGUCACUCGGAUGUGCCUCGUGCAGGCGCACGGCUUGCACACGUCUCAGUCCAAAUCCGCCAUGACCCGGGUCGCCGCCGAACAUGCCACCCCUCGAAUGACGAACCAAGCAUCACCAAAAACGGAAAUGGCGCAGAAAAUGGAUGGCAACCUGAGCGAGUGGACGGCAGAGGCUCUCUCCAUGGUCAUACCAGCCACAUUCGUCCUUCCGCCUUUCUCACAGUUCCCUAAACCACUGAUCCAGAAACUACGACUCCUAAGCCAAUGGGUCCGCAUGAAACUUCAGGAAACCGUCGCAAAUAUGGUUGUCAAGUUCAGCUCCAAACCCACCAUCUUCAAGGCGGCGCGCUUCAAGCCCAACCGAUCGGCUCUCAUCCCCACUGCCAAGGCACUCCACCGGUCCAUGGCCGCCGCUCUCGCUGACGGAGACAAGGACACCAUAAACAGGGUCUGCUCCCGGAGGCUCGCGGGCUCCUUGCUCGCCAGCAUCGACAGCCGCCCGCGAGGGCGGCGCUACGGCUGGGAGCUGGUGGCCUACACCAACAGGGCCUUUUACCCGUCCAUCAAGUCCCACAGGAUGUCGCCCGGAUCCCGCGAGCGCAACGCCCCGGUCGUCCGCCAGGCCGUCGUGGCCAUUUCCAGCAGGCAGCGCCGGGUCCAGUACGAUGCGCAGGGCCAGGUGAUUCCGGGCAGCGAGAAGGAGAUGGACGUCGUGGAAAACUUGGCGUUUGGGUGCGUCAUCGACCCGAGGACGUGGCAGCAGAGCGAGUGGCGCAUCAUCGGUACCCUCAAGCCUACGACGGUCGAGGGGUGGUUAGAGGAGAAGAAGCAUCUCGAGACGCUGCUUCAGCAACGGUGAGGCAAUCAGCAGGGUACCAGAAGCUGGAGCGAAAGCCGGCCUUGGUCUUGUAAAUGAGAUGUACGAUGGACACAAGGGAUGUAUUGAAGGUGUAUAUGUGGCGGCAGGAUGCCACAAAUCCCGUGAAAAAAAAACACUAUUAUGUGUACUAUGGAGCACAUAUGGUCUCUUGCGCUCUACCUUGGAUCAAACAGCGCUUUGGUUCUAGUACGAAAGGCUCAGUGGACGCCAGCUAAUACCAUCUACAGCUCAACACUCACGGACGCAGCAGCAGCGCCGUCAGAGGUGCUUCGUCC